AUGGAAAGUCCUCGGCCAAAUCCUUAUAAGGAUAAUUAUCCUGGGGAUGGGUGGUUUAAAGCAUUUUUAAAAAGACACCCUGAUAUUGUUCAACGGACUAGUGAGGGAGUCACGCAGUCUAGUGCAAACAUCUCAGAACUAGACAUAAGGAAAUGGUUUACUGAAAUACACCAGUAUUUAGAAGAAAUCGGUCUAUUGCAUUUGUUAGAUAAUCCUAAACGAGUAUUCAAUGGCGAUGAAAGUGGCUUUCAGUUGUGCCCAAAAACAGGGAAAGUACUGGCUGUCAAAGGAACUAAAAAUGUAUACAGUGUAGAGACCAAUAAUUCCAAA